UCAGCGCUGUCCGGCGGCGCCGCGCCGGGAGGAGUCGCCGCCGCUCCGCCGCGGGGCCCGGGCCCGGGGCCGUCGGUGGGAGUGGGUGGCCCUACAGGGCACCAUGCCGCUGGGGCAGGAUGGACCCAGCUGGAAGAAGAGGAUCGAGGAUAUUCAGCGGAUCUAUGAUUUCCGAGAUGUCCUGGGCACGGGGGCCUUCUCCGAGGUGGUCCUGGCGGAGGAGAAGGCGACGCGGAAGCUCGUGGCUAUCAAGUGCAUUGCCAAGAAGGCACUGGAGGGAAAGGAGACCAGCAUUGAGAACGAGAUUGCCGUCCUCCACAAGAUCAAGCACCCCAAUAUCGUGGCCUUGGAUGAUAUCUACGAGAGUGGCACCCACCUCUACCUCAUCAUGCAGCUGGUCUCGGGGGGGGAACUCUUUGACCGCAUUGUGGAGAAGGGCUUCUACACUGAGCGGGACGCCAGCGCCCUGAUCCGGCAGAUCCUCGACGCCGUCAAAUAUCUGCAUGACAUGGGUAUCGUCCACCGUGACCUGAAGCCCGAGAACCUGCUCUAUUACAGCAUGGAUGAGGACUCCAAGAUCAUGAUCAGCGACUUCGGGCUGUCGAAGAUCGAGGGCUGUGGCAGUGUCAUGUCCACAGCCUGUGGCACCCCUGGCUAUGUGGCCCCUGAGGUGCUAGCACAGAAGCCCUACAGCAAGGCAGUGGAUUGCUGGUCCAUCGGAGUCAUCGCCUACAUCCUGCUCUGUGGUUACCCUCCUUUCUAUGAUGAGAAUGAUGCCAAGCUCUUUGAGCAGAUCCUGCAGGCCGAGUAUGAGUUCGACUCACCCUACUGGGAUGAUAUCUCGGACUCAGCCAAGGACUUUAUCCAGCACCUGAUGGAGAAGGACCCUGGCAAGCGAUUCACCUGUGAGCAAGCCCUGCAGCAUCCCUGGAUUGCUGGGGACACUGCCCUGGACAAGAACAUCCACCAGUCAGUGAGUGAGCAGAUCAAGAAGAAUUUUGCAAAGAGCAAAUGGAAGCAAGCUUUCAACGCCACGGCGGUGGUGAGACACAUGAGAAAGCUGCAGCUGGGAACCAGCCAGGACAUCCCUGGGCAGACAACUCCCACGAGCCCCGGUGAACGGUUGGUCGGCGGGACCAGCAAUGGGUCGGAGUGUGGGCGCCCACCCACAAGCAGAGCUCAGCGUCUCCCACCAGACUGAGCACAGCCCCACACAGCUGCCUCCAAGGGGGCCCAGCCAUGUGGGGUGGGGGGGCUCUGCAGUGCAGGAGCAGGGGAUAGUGUGGAGGCACCCUGCUUGGCUUGUCCUGGUUAUGUGGAGCUGCCCCCUCUGCAGCCUCACAGCAGAGUUCUGCAUUGGGGCAGGAGCACACCACAGAGCCCCCCAGCUUGGGGCUUUGUCCCAGGCCCCUUCCCACACCCCUUCCCUCCACGCCUGGCCUGGCACUGUCCCACACCCCCAAGCCCAGCAUGUUCAAGGACAAUUUUCCAAAUGGAUGUUUCUAUUUUAUUGCUUGUAAUAAAGGCAAGAGGCCAAA